AUGGUCUACUUCAUGGUGUUCUACGUUGAUGGCGGCUGUCUUCGAAAUGGUUACGACGACGCUAUCGGCGCGGCUUCAGCUGUCUUGAUGACCAGAGGCAACACCUACUACUAUAAGACGCGUCACCUGGACAACUGGGACUACACGCCCACCAACCAACGAGCUGAGAUGACAGCCAUCAUCAUGGCUCUGGAGUGGGCACUGCAAAAGUACGAGGGGCUCAACGGCUAUCCCCGCUUGGCAGUGAAAAUCCAUUCCGAUUCGAGAUGGGCUAUCGGCUGCAUGACGGAAUGGAUUUACAGAUGGUCACAGAACGGGUGGCAGAAUGCACGCGGAAAUUAUGUUGCCAACCGCGAUCUCAUUGAGGAGGCUUCUGGUCUUGAUGAUAGAGUCAGGGGACUGGGCACGGUAGAGUACAUCUGGGUACCACGAGAGCGAAACAAGAAUGCGGAUCAACACUGCAGAGAGGCGCUGGAUAAGCAGUUAUGGGAUGGCAAAUAA